UCUGGGCUCCGCGCUGGGUCCUUGCGCUGCCAUGGAGUCCUUCGGAUACAUGAAAUGGGGUGAUGGCCCUGGAGGACACUGGAAGUCCAGAGCUUUCUUCUUAGCUUUGGCUGUCCUGGCGGGCACGGUCUUAUGGGCGCUGAUUCUGAGUGUUUUCCUGUCCCAUGCUUCCACUCAGCGGGAAGAGCUGUUCCACGAACUGGAAGAACUGAGCGCAAAUGCUUCCAAGCACGGGGUGGCACUGGGCACCUUGAAGAAGGAUGUUGGAACCUGUCAGAGCUGCUGCGAGACAGUCCAAGGACAGCUGCAGAGCGCACUCAGGGAGCUGGCGGCCACGCAGACCAAGUUGUUGCAACAAGAGAACUCCUUGAAGGAACUGACCACCAGCGUGACCCAGGACGCGGCUAAAGCAAACCGGGACCGUGAGGACAUCCGCAAUGAGCUGUACCGCGCCCUGCAGAAUGUGCAGUCCCAGAACGGCUCCUGCGAGCCGUGUCCGGAAUCGUGGCGCGUCUUCGAGGGUUCCUGCUACUUUUUCUCAGAGAAAAAGGCUUCGUGGCAGGAGGCGCAGCAGCAAUGUGCGCUUGCCAGUGCACACCUGGUGGUGAUUGGAAGCCUGGAGGAGCAGGGCUUCCUAAAUCGCAAUAUACAACGCGAUCAUGGCUACUGGCUGGGCCUGCGCGCCGUGCGCCGGCUGGGCAGGGUUGAACGCUACCAGUGGGUGGAUGGGCUCACCAUGGGUUUCAGCUACUGGAACACUGGGGAACCCAACGACUCCAGGAGGGAGGAAGACUGCGUCAUGAUGCUGGACUCGGGGCUGUGGAACGACGCCCCCUGCAGGAAUGAGAGGGAUCAUUGGAUUUGUGAAAAGAGGCGUAGCAGCUGCUGACCCUGCUCCUUGGGAUGCCAGGCGUUGCGUCACCAGCCCG